AAAUCAGUUGUUUUCAGAAAAUUGGUUAAUAUGCCAUGGCUGUGGCACCUCUGUGUGUCUUGACUUUGUGCUGUUAAGUCAUUCCAAGACCAUUUUAAAGGUGUUAGGAACAGCUAUAGGAAAUGCCACUUCACCACUUGGAGAGUAGAAUGAUUGCAUUUCUGAGAGAUGAAAUAAUUCUUAGUGCAGAAAAUAGAGUGUUCCCCAGCCUCUCACCCUGUGUGCUGCAGACACUUAGUGCUGUCUUUAAUUAGAAGGCUGUCACAGCUGAAGUAAAAAUAACAACUCAAAACAAAACCUCCAGUGAACCAGACUGAGAGCCACGAGCCUUAAAGGCUUUGCUUCUGGAGCAGCUGAGCCCUGACAAGGAGCAUUCCAGCCCCUCGUGCUGCCCGGGCCUUGUCUGGCACGCAGGGCUGGAGGAAAUGUUCCCCUGCUGGGACUUAGAGGUGCUCCAGGUUCAGCAGGAAGAGGUGAUUGAUGUCCUGUGGCUUCGGCCAGACUGACAAAAGCCACCUCGUUUCAUGCGGGCCAUGUUAAGAGCUCUGAAAUGUCACGGGGUGGUCACCUCUGCUCAGGACUGAGUUGAAAUCCUCGGGUUGGAGGGAGCUGCUUUUGGGACAUUUAUAGACCCUUUAAUUAGCAGGCUCUGCAGGAAAACUGAUCUUCUUGUUAAGGAUUUAUUAAAAUCACACAUAAGCUCUACUGCUGAAAGAUGCUAAUUCAUUUGAGAUUCUCUUGGAUUAUUCAGCAGAAGAGUGAAUAUUCCGCACAAGGACAGGCUUGGAAGACCAUUUCCUUUAAAUAAGUAACUUUUAAAAAUUCCUGGAAUUUCUUUUGCAUGUUAUCUUUGAGAUAGACACGAAACCAGCUGGCUAGAAUAUUGCUGAGUUCUCUCUUAUCAAGGUAAAAACGAGCCAGAGAGGCCUGUUCUGGAAUACACUUCAAUUUUAGGACUUUCCCCUUUGAAGAGUGACCUUACCUAGUACCCAAAUGGACACCUUCCAUCAGCACAAACACCUCGUUACAUGUGUUGAAAUAGGCAUCUUCUCUGCUUUUUCAAUUUUGUAUAUUUUUUUGUGGUAUUUCCCUUUUUUUACUCCCUCAAAAUAUGGCUCCAGUUGCUGGCUAAUUUUGCUGUAAUGCUGCACUAGCCAAAUAUUUUUGUGGAAGAAUUAUUAGUCAUAGAAGAAAGAAUGUAAUGGCAUAUUCUUAGAAAGUGUUAUAGCUAUGCUUGACAUGUAAAAUAUUUACCCAGGCAUGUAAACAAAGCAAGAGGUGUCUUGCCAAUGUCCCCUUGUAAACCUUGCCUGGUUUGAAAUCAUGAACUGCUUCUCAGUUCUUGAAAAUAAGGUAUCGGGUUCUCUGCUGACAUGAAUUGGCACAGUGCUAAUGGUUGGCCUCACCUAGAUGAAAUUGUAGCCCCUGCCCUUGCCUUCCACAAAAUAAAUCAGGAGGUGUUUUCCAAAGAGCUGUAAUCGUGCUAAAUAAAACUCCCGUGUUUAUUUUGGUUUCGGAUUACUCAGUAUUACUUGCAGUUACUAAUGCAGCUGCACCGUGAAAGGAGCCUUAUGUUUGUUUUGCUUUUUCUCAUUGUCUGGAUCUUAAAGAGAAUUAAGCCAUGUGUCAGAUUCGGAGAACUCUGUUCUUUCUAAGGACAAGCUGAUUAUGUUCCCUUUGUGCCUCAGCUCAAAGGAGCAUCUCUGCCCUUCCACAGGAAAAUUCAGCUGUGGCUUUAUCUGAACAGGCUUCCAGCACCUGUGGCGGUGAGAUAGGGCAGCGCCCCUGGGGAUGGCAGAUAGUGCCCCUGGCAGGGACCCCAUGCCAGCCCGAACCAGCCCAGACCUGGGGCAAGAUUCCCAGUGCUGCCGGAGGACACCUGGCUUUGCCCAGGCUGCUUCUGCCCUUCACGCUGGGCACAAACUGCUGCUGCACCUGCAGCCUGAACCUCCUUCACAACGUGGCAAUAUUUCCUUUCAAAUCCAAUUGCAAGCCAUUGCAGCCUCGCUGGGUUUGUUUCUUGGGUUUGCUUUGAGUUUUUUUCGCUGGUAUUAUUUUGAAAGCUCCCGUGACUGCAUUUCAAAGAUGUGCCAGCUAUUGUUAGUUUUCCGAGCUGCUGCCGUGUCCUUGGUGAGAAAUGAAUGGCAGUUGGAGUUGUAGGGCAGAGUUGUAGCAGAUGAGCUGGGAAUGAGUGAGCAGUUACUUGUUGGGAUCCCUUCCAGAGAAGGAAGGUGGAGUUCUGAGCUGCCCGCAGCCUUUCUAAAAUAAGAGUCCAGACAAGUAGGUGCUUUUUGCCGUGGGUGAAAUGUCAGAUAAUUUUUUGUAGCAAGCAAAAAGGUAAAUGAUGAGAGGAAUUUUGGUUUAGGGUAUUGUCUCUGCUGAACUUUUAAUUUUUACUUGAAUUAAUUAAAAUUUGUGCAGUUCACACUGAUAAUACACCAAGAGAUCCACAGUGGACAGUUGCUGUCCUAAGAACACAUAGGGUAAUUAUAAAAGCUAAUUUAUAAAUUAUACAUACACAAGUCAUGUAAAUUAUAUAUUCAAAUAUAUAAAUCUAUUCUUUCUCCUGAUGGUGGCCACCAGCCUCACCUGGUGUGGGACAGCACCUCUUGGUGAUUAGAGAUUCUUGCUGUUUACAUUCCCCCAUCCUCUUUACCAGGGCACAGCUGCUUGCUCUAUUGCACCUGUGUCUGGACAGAUAAGAGAAUUGGGCAUUAAAGAAAUAAAAUCUUGCCCCCAAACCAAAAGUAAUACCAAGUUUUUGCAUACAAAAGUUAGUAAAUUAGUGACUUGGAUUUUUUUUCUAUGUUGUAUUGCUUGGUUUGUUUUUAAUUAAGAGCUCUCUAAAGGCAUCUUUUAUUCAGGUUUGCCAGGACAUAAUGUGCUUUAUCGCUGGCAUGAGUCAGGAGGAAAAUAGUUUCCUGCCUGUUUAGACUCUCUUUGCAUUCAAAAUUAUAUAAUAUUGAUGAUACGUGAUAUAUUUAAUUCUGUUGUUUGGUGAAGUUGCGUUUGGAGCAGUCUCUGAGCAAUCCAGCUGUAUCUUAGGGGAAAGCAGUAAGAGAUAGAAUCGAUUGAUUUAAUAUUUGAGCUGGCAGAGGGGAACAUUUCCAGGUGACAUAAAUGUAUUGCCUUGGCCAUGGCACGGGAGCACUGAGGGAAAGUGGUGGUUCUGUUGAGGCUCUUCAGCAAUGCACUGAUGUGUCAAAAUAACUCAUUUUAUCCUCAGUUACUGUAAAGUUGUUUGGGCCCACAUCCUGGGGCUGCUGGGCUUGGGAAUCCAUGCUUAUGUACAUAGCCAAAAAUUCUGAUGCCUAACGCCUCUCUGCCUGUGCAAGGAUGUGUGGCAGGAAGGUGUUUCACCAAAUGGCAUCAAGGGUUUAAUCAAAUUGAGCCUCUUCUACCACACAAUUCUUGCCAAAACUGAAUGAAGAACUUGGAGAGGUAUUCGGGAGGCUUUUACUGAAAAGAGGAGACUUCAAGCUGUUACCACACGAUUAUAUUCAAACUUUCCACGAAUCAGCUGCAGGGACUUUUAACCUGAAAUAUUUACAUGAAUCAGCCGCCCGGCCUUUGGGGGAGUGACCGGUGCUGCUGGAGGAGUUUAAACGGCGGAGCUGGGCUGUGCCUGGUGCUUCCCUCUGCUCCGGGAGGAUUUCGGGGUCGUGGUGCAGGGAGCACCCAGCACGGAUGAGCCGGCACUCUUCUCUUAGGAAACGCCACCAACUCCUCACAGCACGGAGGCCCAGCAUGAAUGGGAACUGUGCUGGGGGCACAGACUGGUUGAGAAAUCUGGAGUCCAAUUGUCCUGUGGAAAACAGAACUGCAGCAGCCCAUGAGUCAGAAGAAAGUUCUGUGGUGUUAGGAGGUCACAGCCCUGCAGUUCCCAGGACUGAGGGUUUGGAUUCUGAAUGCCGACACACUUGCCCAGUAAAUCCCCAGAUCUGUAGCAUGCUGUCUGCUCCUGAAGAGCCUCACAACUGCCAUAUCCCAGAUGGAAAUAAGAGACAGCUGGAAUAUUUUAAUACCCAGGAACGCCAUGGCUGCUGUGCAUUGUCUUCAAGCAGCAGUUCCCAGACAGUAGCUCCAGAGAAAGUGACCCUGGUGGUGGAUGGCACCCGCUUUGCAGUGAAUCCCCAGAUCUUCACUGCUCACCCUGACACCAUGCUGGGAAGAAUGUUUGGGCCAGGCAGGGAAUACAAUUUCACCCGGCCGAACGAGAAGGGCGAGUACGAGAUCGCAGAAGGGAUCAGCUCGGCCGUGUUCCGCACCGUGCUGGAUUAUUACAAAACCGGAAUCAUUAACUGCCCUGAUGGGAUUUCCAUCCCAGACCUUCGAGAUACAUGUGAUUACCUCUGCAUAAACUUUGAUUUCAACACAAUCAAAUGUCAAGAUUUAAGUGCUCUGUUACACGAGCUCUCCAAUGAUGGGGCCCACAAGCAGUUUGACAGCUACCUGGAGGAGCUGAUCCUGCCCAUCAUGGUGGACAGCGCGCGGAAGGGCGAGCGGGAAUGUCACAUCGUCGUGCUGACCGAUGAGGACACCGUGGACUGGGAUGAGGAUCAUCCACCUCCCAUGGGAGAGGAGUAUUCACAAAUCCUUUACAGUUCCAAGCUGUACAGAUUCUUCAAGUACAUUGAGAACCGGGACGUGGCAAAAGCUGUGUUGAAGGAACGGGGCCUGAAGAACAUUCGCAUUGGCAUCGAAGGGUAUCCCACCUGUAAGGAGAAGGUGAAGAGGAGGCCUGGCGGCCGCUCCGAGGUGAUCUACAACUACGUGCAGCGGCCGUUCAUCCAGAUGUCCUGGGAGAAGGAGGAGGGCAAGAGCCGCCACGUGGAUUUCCAGUGCGUUCGGAGCAAAUCCCUGACAAACCUGGUCACGGUGGGGGAUGACGUUUCAGAGGACCACGAGGUUAUCAUGCAUCACCCCCCCCAAGUGGAUGAACUGGACAGGCUGAACGCCCCCUUCUCCCAAAUGGUUGUUAACGAUCUACCGGAUUAGUGUGGCUCAGGGUGGAGAAUCCUGCUGGAUGUGGGAGCCUCUCGUUGCAGUUUCAUCCCAGGUGAUGGGACACGGACUCCUGCAAGGUGCUUUAUCCUCGUCCAUGCUCUUACUACGUUGUCGUAUUUCAAGCAUGUUAAUAAAGAGCCACACUCCAUAGUCUUAAUUGUGCAAUCAAAAGCAACGUCUGCUCAGACAAAAAGAAAUGACCUGAUGUUUCUACUACAAAGGCUUCCGGAUUGUGGGUGCUGAAUAUUUUAUCUAAACUUCUGAAAGAAGAGCACAAGUGUGGAAACGUCUUGUGUGACAUGAGAGGAAAUUCUGGGCCUGUCAAGACAAAGCUUUCCUUUACCGUUAGGCACAGCUUUGUUUCUGUGAGUUGCAGAGGUGAACAUCAAAGCAGGACAGAUGAUAUUCUAUAUCAACCAGCAGAAAUGUAGCACAGUGUGACAGCGAACCCUGAGCACGGAGGAAUCUGUUUGCACUGCCACCUGGCUUCGGAUCCAGCGUGGUGUACUGCUGCCCUAGGAAGGAGGAACCAGUUCCAUAGGAAGCAUUUUCACAGGAAUUCCCCAUCUGUACUUCUCUGUGAGAUGGAGUCAUUGUUUUUAGGGAUGUUUUCUGUUAAGCUCAGUAAAAUGAGUAGAUCAUGCUGAAGAAAAACCCAAAAGAGACUGUAGCUGAUAUUUUACCAAUAAAAUAAAUCUGUUAAUAGCCAAAUAGAUGUAAGAAGCUUUCUAGAGGUGACUGUGCAUAUUCAAGACUUUGAGUUGUCUUCUCCAUUCCCCUGCUAAGACAAAUCCAGUGGAGGAGCUCCCAGUUUAGUACCUGAGUAAAAUCCUUGGUCUCAUCAGCCUUAGGCAGAAUUGCUGUAGAUGCCCCAAGGAGCUGCUGCUGCAGCUUUAAAAAGCCAGCUACUUUCUUCCCAAUUUGGAACUGACUGGACCAUUUUUCUGUCAGGCAGGUAAGAAAUACCACUAGUAAACCAGCCCUAAGAAGAGAAAAAUGCACAUACCUGGGAACAACUCCUUUGCUGCUCUGAGUGUAUUAUCCUGAUCUGUGUAAGGCUCUGGGAAUUUGGGUCAGGGCCAGCAAAGCUGUGACUGUAAGAACAGGCACACUCCAGGCUGCUUUAGCUCAGGUGGAUUGGAACCUCACUGGUCCUGCUCCUGCAGCACUGAGUUCCCUGUGGGGGUUCCAUGUAGGAAUUCCCUGUGGGAGUUCCCUGUGGGAGCUGGCUUAACCCCUGAGGAGCACACAGUGAGUCCUGCACUGCCCCAGCUGAGCUGAGGGCACUCAGAACUGCCUCACAAAGCCAUCACUUCUGAGGCUGUGUAAAGGCUCUGUGUACCCAAACCAGAGUUUUAAAACGUGGUGCUAGUGCAAAGAAAAGCUGAAACCAUUCAAGAAGGAGAGGGACAGAGCUCCUCACAAAGCUGGGCAGCUCAGUGCUGCUCUGACAAAGGUCUUGAAGCCUGAAUUGCUUGAGUGUUGAGUUACCUGGUCAGACUUGGCAAAAUGGAGGUGUAGGUAUCAGUCUGGCCCUAGAAAGUUUAAUCCUUUUUUUGCCAGGGUGCAGCAUCAAGCAAACUUGUAUUGUUCUCCUUCUGACUGCCAAGUGCAUGGUGAGUUGAGCAGUGAAGUUUGCUGCUGGUUGCUGCCAAGGUGUUUGUGGUUUUCAGUGCAAGUAACAUAACAAGAUCAAGCAGAAAUUUUUAGUUGCAAGUAACAAAUGUCUGCCAAGGCACAUUUUAGUUUCCUUUAGUAUGGAUACAAGUUCCAUUCUCUCAGUGUUUCCAUUCUUAGCUUCUUUCCCAAGUGCAGCAAAUAGAUUUCUUCUAAAAAGAAGUGCCUAUGGGAAGAUUCCAGGACCUCCGAAGAGUCCCAGGUGUUCAGAUGCCUAAAUUUCUCUUGACUGCUUUUGAAAACUCCUCCCUGUGUGUCAUUGGGUCAGUAGAGAGAAGUGUCCUUUGGUGCCUGCACAGAGCUGGGGUGAUAUGCAGGCACUCCAUUGUUGCUCCAGAUGAAUUGCUGUUUACAUGCUAGAGAGAGGAAGACACAUGGACCGUGAGCCUCCACCAGGGGCCAGACCAACCCAGGCCUUGCCUUGGUGAUGAGCUGUUCCUCGGGACAGCAGAAGCACUGGUGAGCCCAGCAGUGGUGGAACUUGUCCCUAGGCCCUGAGUGCCCAGCAGGGAUGGCCCUCAGGCUCUGUGAUGAUGUUUUCCAGUGUGUAUUUAUUUCCCCAGCAGUGUCAGGUUGAAGUAAAUGAGUGUUGGUAUUGCCCAGCUGAGCUGGAAUUGGAGGUUCCACACGUUCUGCUCUAAGGACUGAAGUGUGGCUGCUGUUCAGAGCUCCUCCUCAGGACUGUGUCAAGGCAUCAGGUGCUGAGAAUUGCACCUCAGCUGCACCUUGUGGGAUCUGACAGCUAAAGGACCAUAUCCAGCCAAACCAAAUCCCACCCAGUGUGUCCCUGAGCCCAGGGGCAGCUGGCCUCUGGAAGGAUUCAGGCAGUUUAUUAAACUGCACCAGGCCUCAUGGGGGUUACAGACUGUCAGUUUUUGUGGUUCCCUGUGCAAUCAACUGCACCUUCAGCAUGGGAUGCACAUUAUCCUGCUCCCAUGAUUUCCAUGCAGUUUUUUCCACUUACCCACUGUAGUUUAUUGGCUUUCCCAAGUAAUUAUUCAUUUUGGAUUUUAAAUUUUGUUAGUAGAGUGAGUUCCAUUGGAACACUGAAUCAAAUUUUAAAGGUAUUUGCUUUUCCUCCUCGCACAGUCACCUACUUCAAGUACAAGGUCAACUUUUGUCUUACUCUAGAUGUACUGAAGUGCUCCUGUGCUGUGUAUGAACCCCAGAUGUAUGGUUUCUUUUCUGUAUUAAAGUAUAAAUUAUA